CUCGCGGGCUCUGCCUGCUAUUGAACGAUUGCGAUUCCGCGGCGCGGGCGCCGGCCGCUCCUUUGUAUCCGGCUGCGGCCACUCGGACUUGGGGACCUGGGCAGGCAGCGCGUCCCCCACGUCCGCCGGACUCGGGGAGCCGGCACGUGUGGGGCCGGGCCCGCCGAGGGGCGGGGGCGCGGCCUUUUUUCUUUUUCUUUUUUUCCCCUCCCACCGAGUGUGGCAGGAGGAGGAGAAAGGAGUAGGAGGAGGGGCAGCGGCAGCUGUGGGAGGCGACAGCUGCCCCGCCGAGGAGGCGCGGCGCCGAGGGGCAGCGGUCAUCCGAAUCCACUCGGGCUUGAAGUCCUGCCCCGCGCCCGGCCGCCCUCGGAAGGGGGCCGCCCGCCCUGUCCCCGGGCACUCCUUGAUCGCUCGUCCGUGCGCUCCCCCCACCACCCCCGCCCGGGCUCCCCCCGGUCCCCGGCCCGCUCGCUCGCUGGCUCUCCGGGCUCGGGCUCUGCGUCGGCCGCGCCGCGGUGGAGGCGCGCGAGGGGGAUGAGCACAUUGCGGGUAAAUACGCCGCCCUCGCCGCCGCCGCCGCCGGGCUCCGCGACACGGUGAGGGAGCGAGUGGCUGCUAUUCGCCGGGUCGCCGCCUCACCCUCGCCUUGGAGAUCAUGUCCAUUCACAUCGUGGCGCUGGGGAACGAGGGCGACGCGUUCCACCAGGACAAUCGGCCGUCGGGGCUCAUCCGCACCUACCUGGGGAGAAGCCCUCUGGUCUCCGGGGACGAAAGCAGCUUGUUGCUGAACGCGACCGGCACGGUGGCGCGGCCGGUGUUCACCGAGUACCAGGCCAGUGCGUUUGGGAACGUCAAGCUCGUGGUUCACGACUGUCCCGUCUGGGACAUUUUUGACAGUGAUUGGUACACAUCACGAAAUCUAAUUGGGGGCGCUGACAUCAUUGUGAUCAAAUACAAUGUAAAUGACAAGUUUUCAUUCCAUGAAGUAAAAGACAAUUAUAUUCCAGUGAUCAAAAGAGCAUUAAAUUCAGUUCCAGUAAUCAUUGCUGCUGUUGGAACUAGACAAAAUGAAUUACCUUGUACAUGCCCACUGUGUACCUCGGACCGUGGGAGCUGUGUUAGUACAACAGAAGGAAUCCAACUUGCUAAAGAACUGGGAGCUACUUAUCUUGAAUUACACAGCCUUGAUGACUUCUACAUAGGAAAAUAUUUUGGAGGAGUGUUGGAGUAUUUUAUGAUUCAAGCCUUAAACCAGAAGACCAGUGAAAAAAUGAAGAAAAGGAAGAUGAAUGGCUCAUUUCAUGGAAUUAGACCACCGCAGCUUGAGCAACCAGAAAAAAUGCCUGUCUUAAAGGCUGAAGCAUCACAUUAUAACUCUGACUUACAUAACCUGCUGUUCUGCUGCCAGUGUGUGGACGUGGUAUUUUACCACCCAGAUGUAAAGGAAGUCAUAGAGGCCCACAAGAUUGUUCUCUGCGCUGUAAGCCAUGUUUUCAUGCUGCUUUUCAAUGUGAAGAGUCCCACUGAGAUUCAGGACUCCAGUAUCGUCCGAACUACCCAAGAUCUCUUUGCUAUAAACAGAGAUACCACAUUUGCAGGUGCUAGCCAGGAGUCUUCAGGCAACCCACCAUUACGAGUCAUUGUUAAAGACGUCCUCUUCUGUUCUUGUUUAUCAGACAUUCUGCGCUUCAUUUAUUCAGGUGCUUUUCAGUGGGAAGAACUGGAAGAAGACAUCAGGAAGAAACUGAAAGAUUCGGGGGAUGUUUCUAAUGUAAUUGAAAAAGUUAAAUGCAUUUUAAAAACACCAGGAAAGAUCAAUUGCCUAAGGAACUGUAAAACCUACCAAGCCAGGAAACCUCUGUGGUUUUAUAACACUUCCCUGAAGUUUUUCCUUAAUAAACCAAUGCUUGCCGAUGUUGUCUUUGAAAUACAAGGUACCACAGUGCCAGCCCACAGAGCCAUCCUGGUGGCCCGUUGUGAAGUGAUGGCAGCCAUGUUUAAUGGGAAUUACAUGGAAGCAAAGAGCGUCUUGAUUCCAGUCUAUGGUGUUUCUAAAGAGACUUUCUUGUCAUUUUUAGAAUACCUAUACACGGACUCUUGUUGUCCAGCUGGCAUCUUCCAGGCCAUGUGUCUCCUGAUCUGUGCUGAGAUGUACCAAGUGUCCAGGCUGCAGCACAUCUGUGAGCUGUUCAUCAUCACGCAGCUGCAGAGUACGCCCAGCCGGGAGCUCGCCUCCAUGAGCCUCGACAUCGUCGACCUACUCAAGAAAGCCAAGUUUCACCACUCUGAUUGCCUCUCCACCUGGCUACUUCAUUUCAUUGCCAGUAACUACCUCAUCUUCAGUCAAAAGCCUGAAUUUCAGGACCUUUCAGUGGAAGAACGCAGUUUUGUUGAAAAGCACAGAUGGCCAUCAAAUAUGUACUUGAAGCAGCUUGCAGAAUACAGGAAGUAUAUUCACUCCCGGAAAUGUCGUUGCUUAGUCAUGUAACCUGGAGUUUUUAUAUGCGUACAUGUCUUUUUUUUUUAUAACUAUGAAGAUUGGGAUGCCUCUGAAUUCCAGUAAAAUUCUUAUAAUAGACUGUAUAUGGGUGAUUAAAAAUACAUCACCAUACAGCUUAAUAUAUUAGUUCUCUUUGCAAAAACACUACUGUGGGUCUUAAAAGGGAACAUAAUAUACUUCAGACUAAAAAACUAAGGCUUCUCUCUAGAAUAUAAAACUGUUGGACAGGUAUGUUCUCCCUUUAAAAUAUCCUGUUCCUUUAGUGACAUUAAAACUUUUUCCAGCUUCAAAAAAAAGUUCAUUAAAUGAACCAUGCAGGAUUAAUACAGAAAUUUCAUCAUGUCUAAGUGCUCUAUUAAAAUAAGGAGCCUUUAAAGACGCAGUGUAUUAUUGGUACAGUCAGAAAUUUAGGGGAAGAACUAAUCAUUCAAACAAGAUUAUGGUGGUGGCAUGCCUCUUGGUUCUGAGUCAGUGACAGUGUUUGGAUGAGUAUCAUGAAGAAAAGUCCGUCUUUCUUCCAUACACUCUUGCCAGCUUGUCUUGUCCUCUCUCUAAGAUUCUGGUUAAGCAGGAAACCUAAUCAGGCUUUAGUGUCUAACCUGUUUCCUGGCUUCAACUUGUAGUGCAGUUGUAAGAUCUUGAAUUCUUAACCACAUUUGGAGAAGGCCUUGUGCUUUCACUUUGCACUGUGCCAGGUGCAGACAUACCAAUUAUGUAUAUUUCCUGAAAAGAAAACUACUGUUGUUUUCAUGCUCAUAUACCAUACUCUGAUAGCAGAAAGAAACUGAUCUCAAGAGAAGAGGGUGUGGCUUGUUGGAGGGAAGAAUGCACAAUUUGGACUGCUGAAAUUUGUAGUACCCAAGACAACUUCUGCCACUUCCAGCGGUAUGUGAAAAAUGCCUUGUGCUAGCUUUGAAACACUUGAUCGUGGCUCAGUUCCAAAUGAAGAAGUAUCUUCUUACUCAUUCUGAAAGAUGAGAAUGUUGGUAAGAAUGACUCAUUAACCUGAUUUUAAUACUACAUGUUUAUAAAGACACAGGAAAAAGAUGCUUGUCAUGACAACUCAAGAAGUGUUCUCUCCUUAGUGUAUUUGGUAAGAUUUGGAUGUCAGUAGUUUUAAUUGCUUGAAUUCUUUCCUGUAGAUUGCAAAGCUAUAUGGUGUGGAGUGAUGUUAGUUUUGUACUUUAAUUAACUUACCCAGUAAGGUAAAAGGAAGGAUAUAAAUCAGACUGUCGUGUGCAGAAAGAAUGCUAGUAGAGAACAGAAUUAGAAUUUGUGUCCUAUCACAUGUAAUGAUGCCAUGAAGCAGCCCGGAGCUGGCAAAGCAGAUUGCUAUUUAUUGUUAGUCUCAUUGUCAUAUGUAAUUUAGUAUCGGAAUGUAUUUUCUUCUAAUUUCCAGUGACUCUAGAAUAUACAUUUUUUCCACAACUUUUCAAAGAUUGAUUAAAGUCUUAUAGUAUUAGGAAUCCAUAUAGUUAACCCUUGUAUGCAUAUCAACACUGUCCAGAGAAGCAGUAACAAUUCUCUAUAGAUAUAUUCCAAGACACCUAACUUUAAUUGGACUGUGGUAGUGAAUAUUACUGGAAUGUAUUUUAUGGACUUUUUUGUGUAUUUUAUUCACUGAAUUAAUUAUUGGCAAAUCUGACUUAACUAGAGUUAGUAUUGUAAAGAAUAGAUACUAGAGCUGACUUCUUAGAAAUCCACUCACAUUUACAAACUUUUACAAUAUAUAACCAUAUCCUCAGCCUGCUUCUUAAUUGUACCAUUUUAGAUUCUAAAACCUUUAGGAAAUUGAGAUAUGUAAGUUGCAAAAUAAAGUAUCAUUUGAAAAUACUAUUUGACUUCUAAAUAGAUUAAAGCUAGUUCUUAGAGUUGGUACUGGGUAGGAGCUGAGGUUGGAAACUGGUCUCCUAGUUGUGGGCCAAUUUUUAUUAUGAAAGUACAUCACCUAUGUAAGUGAUUUAGACAGACAUGAUUUUCCAGAGCUCAUCAGAAUACAGUGUGUUAGGCUUAAACCUGUUUGAAUGUAGACUCUUCAUACUUUUGAAUUCACUCACUUUUAAAUAACAAGAAAUUUACUUAAUGUCUUUGAGGAGUGAUUGUGGUUUUAAGGUUUUUAUGGACUUUGGGCAAUUGAAAUAUUAUUUUUAGAUGGAUGUAUGCUUGUAUUGAUUUCUGCUUCAAUUCCUCUAGCAAUCCACUUGAAUUAGAGAAGAUAUUGUAUAAUAGAAUUAAGGCCCUUGCUUUCUUGGCCAGGUUUUCAUCCUGUUUAGCCAUUUGUAUACCUCUGACUGCUCCAUCUUGCUGGAAGAUGUGUGUUAAUAGAGAACUCUCAGUAUGGUAAUUGAAAUUUACCCUCUCAAAGCCAGCAUGGUGUCUUAAUUUUAGGUAGUGAUAAAAGACUGAAGAAUUGGAUAAAUUUGAGAGCCCAGCUUUUCAACUGUAAUUUUACAAACUACACUACAUUGAUAAAAAUUAGACCUAAAUGUGCUCAAAGAUUAUUUUAUUUAAAGCAUCUGUUUAAUUCAACUUUUAAUAAUUUUGCAAAUAAGGGUAUAUGUGUAUUUUAAUAUAGCCUGAUUGGAAUUUAUAUGUUUUUAGCUUUAGUAUUUAACAUUUUGUAACAAAUAAAAUUUUUUUAAAGCAAGUA